AUGGCACCCAAAGGCAAGAAGACGGGCAUUCAUGGUUUCGGCAGGGUUGCUGGCCGUACCGCCUCCGUCCCGAUGAAGACUGCCUCCAACAAAUACAAGAAGACGGGCGUGCAGACUUUGGGUGGCGUCAAAGCUGAUUCGUGGGACCGCAAGAACGGUAAAGGCAAGGCCACCGCACCCGGCGCCGACGAUCCCGACUACGAUCCCGACAUUGCGGCUGUCCGAGAUUCGCGUUUCAUUGCGCGCGAUGUGGCUUCCGAGGACGAGGAUCAGGAAGAUGAGGAGGAGAAGGCCGAUCUUCAAGGAAAGGGGGAGAAUCCUCUGGGCGACGGCAAGAUGGAGGAAGACAAGGAGGAUAUGGCCUCGGAUCAGGGUGACACCUUUGAGAAGGAUGAGCAUGGCAACGAGGUUCGCGUGACAAAGAAAGUCAAGAAGGUCUCGGAUGAGGAGAUUCUGGCGAAUGUGGGUCAAGACAGCACGCGCGGUACGGCAAUGGGCAAGAUGAUGUUCACGCUCAAGAGAGGCCAUUUCGACCACAAAGACACUCGCGACGGCGUGGAGCCCAAGGACAUCGUCGAUUGGGGCAAACUCAAAGGCUGUCGGUACGCGCUCGAGCCACAUUCGGACGGUGACAUCGAGUACGUUGGGGACAAGCUAUAUCGUGAUGCGCGCGGCGUCAUCUUCGCGAAAGACCCGCCAAAGAAAGAACCCCCGCCGACCAAGGAGAUGGCGAGGGAGAUGGCGAAGAAGAAGGCCAUGGAGGAUGCGAAGGCGAAGGCUGCCGGAAUCACCAAGCCUCCUCCACCUCCUCCGAAGCCCGAGCUCAUCGUUCGAGAGCUCGCCGACAGGGACGAGCUCAAACGGCGCUGUGCGCGGAUCCGCCAGAAGAAGGCCAAGCUGGACGAAGAAGCGGUGGUAGCAGAGCAGGAGGCUACGGCGAGCGCUAUGCCGGCAGGCGGAGAUGGAGAAGUGGAAACGGAGGCAGGAAUGAAGGGCAACAGUGUCAGCGAGUGGCUGCAGAAGACAUAUGGUGGUGCCGUGCAAAACGAGUCACUCGUUCAGCCAAAGAGAGAGGGAGAGGGCAGCGUCAAGAGCGAGGAACAGGGCGAGGUCGAGCAGGAGGAGGCGUUUCCGGCUUAG